UCUUCAGAAUGAUCUACUGUUAAUGUGCAAAUAUAUUUGACUAUUAAAUUAUCUCUGUUUUGAGAGAGUGGGACGUCCGGCUUCGGGGUAGGAACCUUCGUUGCGCCAGUGACAAAAAAGAAUUAAAUAUGGGUGAUGUUGAGAAGGGCAAGAAGAUUUUUGUUCAGAAGUGUGCCCAGUGCCACACCGUGGAAAAGGGAGGCAAGCAUAAGACUGAGCAUAAUCUCCAUGGUCUCUUCGGGCAGAAGACAGGUCAGGCCGUUGGAUUCUCUUACACAGACGCCAAUAAAAACAAAGGCAUCACCUGGGGAGAGGAUACACUGAUGGAGUAUUUGGAGAAUCCCAAGAAGUACAUCCCUGGAACAAAAAUGAUCUUUGCUGGCAUUAAGAAGAAGGCAGAAAGAAAAAUGAUAGCUUAUCUCAAAAAAAGCUACUAUUUCCUCAUCUAUAAACAGGAAUAAUAUACAGAACUGAAUACAUGCUUACUAUAUAAUCAGCAGUUGUGCUACUUGGUAUUUACUCAGAUG